AUGUGUUUCAGUGUUAAUGAUUUGCAAGUUGGACUUACUGUGAAUUUAACGAAUCAAGAAGGAACUCUUAAGCUGCUUCUCCUGGAUUCUGGAUGCCAUGUUAGAGAUUUAUCCAUAAAGUUACAUGGUGGAGCAGCUUGGCUUUACCAAGUGCUAGUAGAUGCUUUUGCAGGAAGUAUAGCAUCUGGAGUUGAAGAGGCAGUUUCUGAUCAAAUAAAUGAGGGGAUAUCAACUCUUGAUGUUUUGUUACAAUCUCUUCCAAAGACUUACCCAAUAGACGAAACAGCUGCUCUAAAUGUUUCUUUCGUGAACAAUCCUGAGCUAAGUGAUUCUGCUAUUGAAUUAGAAAUUAGUGGUUUAUUCAUAGGAAGGAAUGAAAUUUUGUCACCUCAAGGUUACCACAGAGGUUCAGACGUUUCUGUUUCCCGUGCCAACCCUUCGCCAAAGAUGAUAACAAUUUCAUUACAUGAAAAUGUUUUCAAAUCCGGUUCCUUGGUUUACUUCACUGCAGAUACUUUGAAAUGGACUGUUGAUGAACUGCCUGAUCAGAACCUUCUGAACACUGCUGAAUGGAGAUUCAUUAUUCCUCAGUUAUACAAGCAAUAUCCAAACGAUGACAUGAAUCUUGAUGUCUUUGUGUCUUCUCCACCGGAUAUACAAGUGACAAACAAAGAUGUUGUUGUCCAAAUUUCCAUAGAUAUAAUACUUAAUGUUCUGGAAGCUGGUGAAGUCGUACCUGUUGCAUGCAUCUCGGUGGAUUUUAGUGCAUCUUGUGCUGCGGAGAUCAUAGGAAACAAUCUUGCUGGUUGGCUUAAAUUGAAAAAGUUUUCGACAUACUUGAAAUGGAGUAAAAUAGGGAAACUGCACGUGAAUCUGAUUCAGUCAGUGACAUCAGCUGUCCUCAAAACCGUUCUCAUACCAUACCUGAACUCACAGUUAGUGAGGGGAAUUCCACUGCCAAUUCUUAAUGAUUUUGCUCUUGAGAAUGCUCGUAUAUUGUAUGCUCCCCCAUGGAUUACUGUGACCAGUGAUGUUUCUUUCUUCGGACACUAUCAUCACAAGCAUCUACCAGCUUAUGUAUCAUAA